AUGGAGCCCACCACAGAAUCUCGGACCCAGAUGGAGCCCAGGAGGAGUUGUCCUACAUCGGUGGCCUCCAGAAUGAGCCAAGGGGCCAGUGGGAUCCAGACCAGAAGCAAGCCUGAGGCUGGUGUUUGCUCCCUGGCGCUGCCCUCGGACCUGCAGCUGGAUCGCCGGGGUGCUGAGGGGCCGGAGGCUGAUAGGCUUCGAGCCGCCCGAGUCCAGGAGCAAGUCCGAGCCCGCCUCCUGCAGUUGGGCCAGCAGUCGCGGCACAAUGGGUCUACUGAGCUUGAUGGCGCCGUCGAGACCGCCAGAGGCAUGCCCAGGGGCCAAUACCACACUAUGCAGGCUGGCUUCAGCUCCCGAUCCCAGGGCCUGAGCGGGGACAAGACCUCGACCUUCCGGCCCAUCGCCAAGCCGGCCUACAGCCCAGCCUCCUGGUCCUCCCGCUCAGCCGUGGACCUGAGCUGCAGUCGGAGGCUGAGCUCUGCUCACAAUGGGGGCAGUGCCUUUGGGGCUGUGGGAUAUGGGGGUGCCCAGCCCACUCCACCUAUGCCCACCCGGCCAGUGUCCUUCCAUGAACGAGGUGGGGCAGCCAGCAGAGCCGACUAUGACACGCUAUCCCUGCGCUCACUGAGGCUGGGGCCUGGGGGCCUGGACGACCGCUACAGCGUGGUAUCUGAGCAACUGGAACCUGCAGCCGCCUCCACCUACAGGGCCUAUGCUUAUGAGCGCCAGGCCAGCUCUGGCUCUAGCCGGGCAGGAGGCCUGGACUGGUCAGAGGCCACUGAGGGUCCACCCAGCCGGACCAUCCGUGCCCCCGCCAUGCGAACUCUGCAGAGAUUUCAGAGCAGCCACCGAAGCCGUGGGGGUACCGGGUCAGUGUCAGGUACUGGCCUGGAACCCGUGGCCCGAGCCCCAUCUGUGCGGAGUCUCAGUCUUAGCCUGGCUGACUCAGGCCACCUGCCAGAUGUACGUGGACUGGACAGCUACACAGGCCAUCGCACGCUACAGAGGCUCAGCAGUGGCUUUGACGACAUUGACCUGCCCUCAGCAGUCAAGUACCUCAUGGCCUCAGACCCCAACCUGCAGGUGCUGGGAGCGGCUUACAUCCAGCACAGGUGCUACAGUGAUGCAGCGGCCAAGAAGCAGGCUCGCAGCCUUCAGGCGGUGCCUAGACUGGUGAAGCUCUUUAACCACGCCAACCAAGAGGUGCAACGCCACGCCACGGGUGCCAUGCGCAACCUCAUUUAUGACAAUGCAGACAACAAGCUGGCGCUGGUAGAAGAGAACGGCAUUUUUGAGCUGCUGCGGACACUUCGAGAGCAGGAUGAUGAGCUACGCAAGAAUGUGACAGGGAUCCUGUGGAAUCUGUCCUCCAGUGACCACCUGAAGGAUCGUCUAGCCCGAGAUACACUGGAGCAGCUCACAGACCUGGUGCUAAGCCCCCUGUCAGGGGCAGGUGGGCCCCCCCUCAUCCAGCAGAAUGCCUCUGAGGCAGAAAUCUUCUACAAUGCUACUGGCUUCCUCAGGAACCUCAGCUCAGCCUCCCAGGCCACUCGCCAGAAGAUGCGUGAGUGCCAUGGGCUAGUGGAUGCUCUGGUCACCUACAUCAACCAUGCCCUGGACGUGGGCAAGUGUGAGGACAAGAGUGUGGAGAAUGCGGUAUGUGUGCUGAGGAACUUGUCCUACCGCCUCUAUGAUGAGAUGCCGCCCUCAGCACUGCAGCGGCUUGAAGGCCGGGGCCGCAGAGACAUGCCCGGGGCACCAUCUGGUGAAGUGGUGGGCUGCUUUACACCACAGAGUAGGAGGCUGCGUGAGCUUCCUCUUACAGCUGAUGCACUCACCUUUGCGGAAGUAUCUAAGGAUCCCAAGGGCCUGGAGUGGCUGUGGAGUCCCCAGAUCGUGGGGCUGUACAACCGACUGCUGCAGCGCUGUGAACUAAACCGGCACACAACAGAGGCGGCUGCAGGAGCGCUGCAGAAUAUCACCGCGGGUGACCGCAGGUGGGCAGGUGUGCUGAGCCGCCUGGCCCUGGAACAGGAGCGCAUCCUGAACCCCUUGCUGGACCGAGUUCGCACCGCUGACCACAACCAACUGCGCUCAUUGACUGGCCUCAUCCGGAACCUGUCUCGGAACGCCAGGAACAAGGACGAGAUGUCCACAAAGGUAGUGAGCCACCUGAUAGAAAAGCUCCCUGGCAGUGUGGGUGAGAAGUGUCCCCCAGCGGAGGUGCUGGUCAACAUCAUAGCUGUGCUCAACAACCUUGUGGUAGCCAGUCCCAUUGCUGCCCGGGAUCUGCUCUACUUUGAUGGGCUUCGGAAGCUGGUCUUCAUAAAAAAAAAGAGGGAUAGCCCUGACAGUGAGAAGUCCUCCCGGGCAGCCUCCAGUCUCUUGGCCAACCUCUGGCAGUACAGCAAGCUCCACCGUGACUUCAGGGCGAAAGGCUAUCGGAAGGAGGACUUUCUGGGACCAUAA